AUGGCAGACAAUCUCCGCCUUUCUCCCAUCUUCAACGGCGAUAAGACCGAUCCUCUCAGCAAGAUGGAGGGCCUGAAUCCAGAGCGUGCCAUGCGGCUGCUGCAGCCACGCUCUCCAGAACUGCCCACCAAAGUCGCAGUUGGGCCACUCAAGACGGGUAGCAACGCCCUCAAGCUGGGCGUGGCUACCUCUCACAAGCCUACCAGCAUUAAAAAAGAGCUUCCUCCAUCGCAAAAUGGAGGACCCCAAUCGCUUGUAUACACUCCAAGGAAUCUUCCCUCGGUGAUUGCGGGAGUGAAGAGGCCCCGCGAUCAUCUGGACGAUUCAGAGCAGCAGUGGUGCUCAACUCCUCCUUCAUUGCCCCCGCAACCGGCGCCAAAUGAGCACACCAUGUAUCUGGAAAGCCUGCUUACACCACGCUGCCUCCAGUUGACGCUCAAAUCAAGGUGUGGUGCUGGCCUGUCGAUUUCGACCCAGUAUCGUUCAAUUACAGAUGCAGGACUGCUUCUGGGAAACGCGAUCCAAUACCAUCUAGAUCUCCCGGUUCUACAACUACCAGUUCCGAGCGAAGUGGAAGGGACCAUAAAGCGGGUCGUUCAAGGAGAGCUUCUGGAAAACGCUUGGUACGAUCUCACACCUGAGGCAAAGUUUGCCUAUGCCCGCCAACUGCGUCAUAUCAUCAAUAAUAUGCGAAGUGGCAUGAAUCCAAUUCGUGUCAGCUCGACUAUAUCGGGCAAAGGGGCCAUGCUGGGAUCUGCCUCUUCUGGCCCCUACUCUUUGAUACUGGACCAGCAUCUCCAGAAUACAUAUUGGGCGGUCCGUGUCAAGCCCACAUGCCGUCACUUCGUUGCUUUCUUGGCCGCGUCGUUUGUCCAAUCUGUUCCGACACAGGUCUCUGAUGCCUUAACCUGUCAGUUUCGGUCAGAUUACAAUAUCCGCUUCACCCAUGGCGAGCUGAGCCCCAAGAAUAUCAUUAUUCAGAACAGCAAGAUUGUGUGUAUUCUCGGCUGGGACAGUGGAGGUUGGUAUCCGGAGUGGUGGGAAUACGUCAAGUUCUUUGAGGCUCGCACUGCUCCGGAAAACCAAGACUGGUACGACUAUGCUCGCGAUAUUUUUGCAGAAACUUAUCCCAGCGAACUGGUGGCGUAUCAGGGCAUUGCCAGAUGCCAAAGACAGUGA